UUUUAAUUAUAGCAGUUUCCUUGAUCCCCUCUUGAAAUUGACAGGAUUUAUCCCAAUGGAACUGGUCUUUUGGGAAUUUGAAUUUUCUCACAAGUCAAACAGCCUGCUUACAAAAUUCUCAAAUACCAUAGUGGUCUUUUUGCACACUUUUGUCCCUAGAAUGGACAUCGAGGAAAUGGCGAAGACAUCUCUAUCACUUUCCCUCGUGAAAAUCUCGCCCCAUCGAACUGUAUUAAUAAUCACAUCAUCUAAAUCUUCGCCCGCAUUGCAUCACUAGUCCCAUGAAGUAUUAAAAAAUAACAAGAGAAAUUCAACUAUUACUUUUUGGGGUCUAUUUUCUAGGUGAGUUUUAUUGCUAUCUUGUUGGAUCCUCUUCUUAUCAUGCUCUUUUAAUUGCCAAUUGCCAUUACAACCUUUUCAUGUCCUUAGCCAUUGAAAACACCCCCACCACUCGCAAACUAUGGAAAAAUGCAAUUCCAACCUCUCUCUUUUCCUCCAUAUUCUUCUCCUCACCCUAUUCACAUGCAAUCCCACUGCCAUUUCUCAAAGCUCGACAUCAGAAGGAGGUUUGUGCUCUUCGGUUUUCUGUGGGCAAGGGACAUGCAACAAUAUUGAUACACUUCCUGGUUUUGAGUGUAACUGCUAUGAUGGCUGGAACAAGAUUCAGAUUGGUCCUUUGACCUUCCCCUCUUGCUUAAUUCCUAAUUGCACAGUUGAUUUGCAAUGUGGUAAUGGAUCUCCACCGCCACCACCACCUCCAUCACUUCCUCUCUUUCCGCAUCUUCCAAAUUUAACAGACCCUUGUUUCUUGAUUUGGUGUGCCGAUGGAUCCUGCUUGUCUAGUGGAACAGGACAUACAUGCCAAUGCAAUGAAGGCUCAGCAAAUUUGUUGAAUAAUUCAGAGUUGCCCUGUUUUCAAGAAUGCUACUUUGGAGUAGAUUGCCAUGGUCUUGGGUUUGGUCCACCACUUUCAUCGCUUCCACCACCAUCAGGUUCUUCAGAAGCGUCAAAUUCCUUGAGGAGUCUUGGUGUUCUAACCAUGAUAUUUUUAGCAGCAGCAGCUUCCCCAACAUUGUUUUAGAGACAAAUAUCCAUAGAUAGAAUCGCCAACAGAACAGUUGUCAUGAUAAAUUAUAUACUUUCUUGUAAAAUAUAGUGAAUAACACUAAAAUGUUCUAGUAAAUUCCAAGCAUGUAAAACAAAAAGCAACAGUGUGUGUCUUCCAUGAAAGUUCCAAAAGUUCCAUUUAGCUAGUGAGCCAAGUUUCCUCAAGAAUGGAUGCGUGAAAUUUCUCAAAAGUCCAGAUUGAUCCAGCAAGCUUGUUUUUGAAUUGUAGUGGAGAAGAUAUUUGCAUUGAGAAGAUGUUGAUCAUAUUCCUGAGCCUCA